GGUAUCAUUGUUGAGUUGAAAACGUAAGAUAAGGUUAUCCAGAUGUCUGUCUCAAACAUGGGUGGCUUUGGAGGGAAGGACACACCUUUCAGAUUCACACCACAACGCAUACAUCUGGGCAAGGAUCACGAACUAUUUGAGGAUGGGGAUAUCCACAGACAUAUGUAUCUGCAGAACCUCUCCUCCUCAGAGACAGACGAACAGCCAAAGCACAGUGUGUCCGAGUUCGGCUGCCACAUCUCGGGCUGCUGCCAGCGGUUCCGCAGCGUGGAGGAGUACGAGCACCACUACAACUCGCUGCACCGUCACGUCUGCUCCGCCUGCCGCCGGUCCUUCCCCUCCGCCCGCCUCCUGGACGUCCACAUCGAGGAGUGGCACGACGCCAUGUUCGACAUCCUGUCCCAGAGCCAGGACAUGUACCAGUGUCUGGUGGAAGGCUGUGGACUGAAAUUCAGGACGAGUAAACAGAGGAAAGACCACCUGAUUCAAAUACACAAGUACCCCCCUGACUUCAGGUUCGACAAGACUAAACGGGAACACAGGAAAGAGCAGAAACCUCAGCCGAGGCAGCAGGCCGGCGGUGCGGAGUUGAUGGAGGGCGUGUGUGAGGCCUUGCUGCCUGCCGCUGACCCAGAGCAGCAUCAGGAGGAGGAGGAGGAGGACAUGGAGACCGUGGAGCCCCUCGGGCCCGGGGAGCAGGGGCCUCCCAGCGGGGGGACCCCUCAGCCGGACGCAGAGACUGUCAGCGACGGGCAGAGACCCCGCUACUCGUACAGGGUCCCGGCCACUGUGUGCUUCGGGAAAGGCUCGGUGCGAGGGUUCAGAGGUCGAGGCAGGAGGAAGUGACCCACUGCAGUAAAAGUCCCCCGUUCCUAUAACGUUCGAUUUGAACCAUUGUAUAAUGACAUGACUUGCAAUUCAGCACAUCCUUAAAUAAACUAUUUUUCCAAUAAUUAUUGACUUGA